AUGGGGCAGGUCUUGGCAUGCAGUGCCUGCUAUUCUUUUGGUAUAUGGUGUGGUGGAGAGGCCUCCAAGGAGCUAAGGGUUCAGAGUGCUGAUGUUUCAGCUCUCCCUGGUGUUUUACCUCAUUCAAGCAAGUCUCCAGAUUGUUGUCAAAGUCCCUGGAUCAUGGAGGUCAGAAGAUAUCUAAGCAAUGUAAAAAUGCAAAAUAUAACAUCCGUAUCAGAAUUCCUCCUCAUGAAACUCUCAGAGGAUCCAGAGCUGCAUCCUGUUCUUUUUGGAGUGUUCUUGACUAUGUACCUGGUCACAGUGCUUGGGAUUCUGCUCAUCAUCCUGACCAUCAUCUGUGACUCUCACCUCCAUACCCCUAUGUACUUCUUCCUCUCCAAUCUGUCCUUAAUUGAUAUCUGUUUCACUUCUGUCACAGUCCCGAAUAUGAUUGUGGACCUCCAAAAUAGCAGAAGAGUCAUCUGCUAUGUGGACUGUAUGACACAGAUGUCCCUUUUAAUAUUUUUUGGAUGUACAGAUAGUCUGCUUCUCACUGUGAUGGCUUAUGAUCAGUUUGUGGUCAUCUGUCAUCCCCUGCAUUACUCAGUCAUCAUGAAUCUUCAACUCUGUGCCAUCUUAGUACUGGUGUAUUUUUUGUUUGAUCUUUUGGACUCCCAAUUGGAUAAUUUGAUUUUCUUACAAUUUUCCUUUCAAGGAUGUGAAAUUUCUAAUUUCUUCUGUGGUCCUUCUGAACUUCUUAGUCUUGGCUGCUCUGAUACCUUUACCAUUAAUGUAAUCAUGUAUUUUCUUGUUGGCGUCUUUGGAUUUCUUCCUAUCUCAGGGAUACUUUUCUCAUAUUAUAAAAUUAUAUUUUCAAUUCUAAGAGACACAUCAACAGAUGGGAAGUAUAAAGCCUUCUCAACAUGUAAGUCUCACCUAUCAAAUGUGUGCCUAUUUUAUGGAACAUCCCUUGGAGUAUACCUCAGUUCAGUUAUAUCACAUUCUCUAAGAAAAGUUAUGGUGGCCUCAGUGUUGUACACUUUGGUUGCUCCUAUGCUUAAUCCCUUCAUCUACAGCCUGGGGAACAGGGAUGUUAGAGGUGCCAUGAGGAAGAUUAUCAGGAAAACAUUAUAUUCUGAGAAACUGUGA